AUGAAUUUGUAUCUAUUUCUGAGUAUCGCAGUAAUAUUCUGCUUUCCAACAGAGGAUUUAGUGAAAGAUUACGCUAAAUUCAACAUUCCCUAUACAGGAUAAUGGUAUAAUAACAAGAUUAUAACAAUCACAGGUUUUCGGGAUAUUUGAGAAUUACUGAUGAUGGGAGCAAAUAGUUUCAUUACUUCAUGUUUCCACAACAAAACAAGAAUUUGACCGAUGAAAGUCCAGUAAUUUUAUGGCUGAAUGGAGGGCCUGGGUGUUCUUCACUAUAUGGUGCUUUGAAUGAGAAUGGUCCUUUUGUAUUCAAUUUAGGCACAAAUGACUUGAGAGUCAAUCCCUACUCAUGGACGAACACUGUAAGACAUUUAUAAUGAAUGUCUAGGCUCACAUGUUCUAUUUGGAAUCUCCAGCCACAGUUGGAUUUUCAUAUGGUGAUGAGCACACUAGUGACGCAAGUUCGGCCAAAGACAAUUUAUAAGCAGUGAUCCAAUUCUUUAAUAAGUUUCCUGAACUUAGCACUCAUCAAUUUUAUAUCAGCGGAGAGAGUUAUGCUGGCACUUACAUUCCAUUAUUAGCGAAUGAGAUCAUAGAAUAUAAUAAAAUAGCAAGCAAGAGAAUAAAUCUUGUUGGAUUGAUGAUUGGAAAUGGUUGUACAGAUUACACCGAAUGUACUAUUGAGGCUAAGAGAUUCCCUAUUCACAAGUUCGAAUUCAUGCACAGUCAUCAUUUGAUAAGUGAGAAGUUGUGGGAAGAAAUCGAUGCCCAAAGAGACAAUUGCUUCAAUUCAACCACCCAGUAUUGCAAGGAUCUCUAUGCCAAAACCCAAGAGGAAAUCAAUCUCAACUAGUAAACCAAUAUCCAUAUGAGAAUAGCGAAUUUUAUUACAAUCCCUACAACAUCUAUGGAAAGUGUUAUCAAAUGCCAAUCACCAAAUUCAACGGAGAAACUAUCCAGAGAUCCAAAAUAAUGACUCUUGAUCCAUUUGAUAGGCAACCAGGAACAGUCCCCUCCUGUUCUGAAGCCCAAGGACUGUUCUACUACUUUACCAAUCCUGAAUUCAUCAAAGCCAUCAACGUUGACACAUCCAAACUGACCAAAGAGUGGGAGGAUUGCAGUAGCACCAUCAAAUACACUAAGGAUCCAAGAGCAACCUAUUAUUUAUAUCCAAAAUUGAUUAAGAGUGGACUCAAAAUACUUAAGUUUAGUGGAGAUGUGGAUGGUGUAGUGCCAAUCACAGGAACAUUCUUCUGGUUGAAUAAUUUGUAGAAUGAAAUUGGUUAGAAUACAAGUAUAUAUUUUAGGUUUGCAUACAAUUGAGCCAUGGAGAUCUUGGACUAUUCCAGGCAAUAAAAGUGGAGAAGAUUAGAAUGCAGGUAACGUAUGGAUCUUAGAUGGAUUGUGGUUUGUGACUAUAAGAAAUGCUGGGCAUAUGGUUCCAAUGGAUUAACCUUUGGCUGCAUUGAUCAUGAUAAAUAAUUUCAUCUACGAUAUUCCCUUGCCUAUUUGAUUAAUAUUAUUAUUAUCAUUAAC